UCUUCUUUAAUCGCCGUUUUCUACUUCACAAAUCAAAACAAAACCCAGAAAAAAAGAAAGAAAAAACCAUUAAACAUGGCGGAUAUACAACCAUCGGACUGUCAGGAAAACGCCGGCGAGGUUUCCGUACCGGUGGCUUCAGUCGAUGCCGUUGGAUCGAAACGCCAGAGACGACCCAGCGUUCGAUUAGGCGACAUCGGCGGCGACCAACCGCACGAUUCUCAUACCCGGAGACAGUCCUCUUCCGCCGCGAGUGGUAAAUCGUCCAAGACUCGCGCCGUAACCAAUCUCAGCACCGACUUCAACGCUAAGAACCAAACCGUCGAUGACUCAAGAGAAGCUAACAACAACACAAACAAUUUGGAUGCCGUGCCAAUUGGUGGCUGGAGAGUCAAAGAUUCCAUGAAACUUUGCUCCGCAGCCAAACGGGUCCGGUCCAAUUGGGUUUCCAACAGCAAUGUAGAAUCCGAGGACAAACCCAGUGGCAGUGAAGAUACCGCCGAUUUCGACAGGGAGAACAGCGAAAGCCCCUUGAGGGAGCAGAGUCAUCAUGGGAAUAAUCAGAGAAUGCCAAUUGGAACUAGGGUUUCGAAUACCAGCACCAGACGGCACGAGGAAGAUGAUGGGGUUCGAACAUGGUUGGAAAGUUUGGGUCUAGGCCGAUACGCCCCUGUUUUUGAGGUCCAUGAAGUAGAUGAGGAGAUUCUGCCAUUGUUGACACUGGAAGAUUUGAAGGAUAUGGGAAUAAAUGCAGUUGGUUCAAGAAGGAAACUCUUUAGUGCAAUCCAGAGGCUCGGUAAAGGCUUUUCCUAACCUUCUUCUCCAUUGUUAAACCAGAAU